UUUUUAACUCGUUAAAGAGUAAUUAAGAAAGGUAGGUAAAAAAAUUUAAGAAAUGGAAAACACAGAAUAAAAAGAACAAGUGAGAUUGAGUAUGAAGUUCGAAUAAAGAAGAAACAGGCAACGGAAAUACAAGGGGCGUUGAAAGCGGAUUGUUGGGUUUUUUUUUUUUUUUUGUUCUGCUUUGUCGCCAACAAAGUAAAAUUAAACUCAGUUUUUAACUGUUCAAACUCAGUUUUUCUGUGACACCAACUUCCGUAGGCCAUGGCCCCUGGUAUGAAGAUCGUUUUCGGAUUGUUAACAUUUGUCACUGUCGGAAUGAUUAUCGGUGCUCUGUUUCAACUAGCAUUCAUACGUGGAUUAGAAGAUUCAUACGGUAAUGAGUUUCCAACUACAAAGUUGCGUAGGAGUCAGAUUGAUGGCUAUCUUAAGUUGCCAAGAGUUUCAGGUAUGAGUCAUUGGCAUGGUGACAAAGAAGCAGAAAUUUUGCGUGUUGGAUAUGUCAAACCUGAAAUAAUUAGCUGGUCACCUCGAAUUAUUGUACUUCAUAAUUUCCUUAGCAACGAGGAAUGUGACUACCUUAGUGCCAUUGCCCGCCCUCGGCUUCAAAUUUCUACUGUGGUGGAUGCAAAAACCGGGAAGGGAAUUAAGAGUAAUGUCAGGACAAGCUCCGGUAUGUUCCUGAGUCCAACAGAGAAAAAGUUUCCAAUGAUACAGGCAAUUGAAAAGCGGAUUUCUGUCUUUUCUCAAAUACCAGCUGAAAAUGGGGAGCUUAUCCAAGUUUUAAGGUAUGAAAAGAAUCAGUUUUACAAGCCCCACCAUGACUACUUUUCGGAUACUUUUAACUUGAAGCGCGGUGGUCAACGAAUAGCAACUAUGCUUAUGUAUCUAAGCGAUGGUGUUGAAGGGGGAGAAACAUAUUUCCCUAUGGCUGGUACGGGUGAUUGUAACUGUGGUGGGAAGAUUGUGAAAGGGAUGUCCGUAAAACCGGUCAAAGGAGAUGCAGUGCUUUUCUGGAGCAUGGGGCUCGAUGGACAGUCGGAUCCAAAUAGCAUUCAUGGAGGAUGUGAAGUUUUGUCAGGAGAGAAGUGGUCAGCAACAAAAUGGAUGAGGCAAAAACCAACUUUCUGAAUAUAAAUCCUAUCCAUCUUUCAUAUAUGUUUGGGGGGCUACCCUUUCACUAUGUCUACAAAUUCGCAUCAAUGCUUUAGCCAACGAGUAAUAAUCUCUUACAGUAGGAAGUUAGUAUUGCCUAGAUACCGAAAGUCGAGUUUCACACUUUAAGCAAUCAAAAUACCAUAUCAGAAUAGUGUACAGCUUGAGAAAUGAACAAUUAGAUAUAGUUGCAUCACUCAUUUUUAUGCACCUAUUUUAGGAGUGUACUUUGAUGCCCUCCAUGAUUACCCCCAUAUCCCCAACCCAAGGACUAUGUUUCUGUAUGUUGUUUUUGAACAUCACUGCCCUUCCACAGACAUAAUGUUGAUUUAGAACAAGUUGUUUGUAA